AGAAUAAUCGAAUAUAAUUGGUUAAUUCCUUAUGGCAUAAGGCUUACUACACUAUUGUAGAUCUGGGCUUAAAGAGCAAUAAAAUCACUGACCGUUCACUGAUGACUUGUGUUUUCUGAACGUAACCAUUGUUCGUGGUGUUUAAUGGUUUUUGUCGUUUUUGAGUAAUUUUCAAUAUUUACUUUAUGGUUCAUCGAAGGAUCACUAAAAUUUGCCUUGUAGAUUAAAGAUGCAUAUAUAAUUUUCCGAGAGACUGAAAUUCCUAAUAUGUCGAAUGAAUUCGUGCAUUCCGUGACGGUUCCGCGUAUUUACAAGUUCACGGCCGACAUUGUACGUCGCGUGCGAGAGGAUGGUGCCAGCUUGAAAACUUUGAUUUACGAGAAGAAGCAUCCCAAUGUGGCCGGCAUAUACGGUCUCUCGGUGAAUACCUUACGAGCGCUACCUCAAUUAGACCAACUACUUGACAAGACCCAAAUUCUAAGAGAACAACCGCGUUUGAAUCCCUGGUUAGCGAAAGUUCUCAUAACGGAGCUUUUAUGGCGCAAAGGAUGCCUGAAGAGCUGCUCUAAGCCAGUUCUAACCGUUUUGGCUUACGAGAACAAGUUACGAGAAGAGUUCAAGAGUCUCGGCAGCAUAGAAAUCCCCGUUGUUCAUAAAGACAAAGUGCAAAAGCCUAGAUACGUUCGUAUCAAUACUCUUCUGUUAUCAGUGGAAAAAGCUAUUUCCAUCUUUCAAGAGGAUGGGUGGCAAUUAUUACCCAGGAGUACAACAUAUUCUUCAUAUUUACAAUCCUUAUCACAGUUAUCAAAACCAUAUUUUAUACAAGAUUUUCAUAUACCAGAAAUAUUUGCUUUCCCACCCUCAACAUUCUUUUAUGAACACAGCUGUUAUCAAAAUGGUGAACUUAUUCUUCAAGAUAAGGCUAGUUGCUUACCAAUACAUUUGUUGAAUCCUGUUCGUGGUUCGGUUGUACUGGAUAUGUGUGCGGCGCCUGGUAUGAAGGCUACUCAUGUAGCAGCAAAAUUGCAAAAUUGCGGGAAGGUUUAUGCCGUGGAAAUUGAUGCUAAAAGAUUUGAAACUUUAGUGAGUCAAAUAAAAAAGACUUGUUCCUCCUGCGUGAUACCUCUUAAUCGAGAUGCCUUGACUCUCGAUCCUAAACUAUAUUCACAUGUGGAAUACAUUUUAGUCGAUCCAACUUGUUCUGGAUCAGGUAUUGUCGACAGACCAAAACAGAGCGAUAUGGAUGGCAAACCCGAAUCAAAACGGUUGCAAAAUCUGCAAUCAUUUCAAGUUUAUCUUCUUAGAUAUGCGCUGUUCAACUUUCCAAAUGUAAAGAGAAUAAUCUACAGCACAUGUUCUUUAUACCCCGAAGAGAAUGAAGAAGUAAUAGACGAAGUUCUCGCUGAUAUCGGUAACUCUUAUCGUCUGCUACCAGUUAGACAAUUGCUCAAGAAUAAUUGGAUAAACUUUAGCUCGACAAAAUAUGACUGUGGGGAUACAUGUUUAUAUUCGAAACCAGAUGAUGAUUUUUGCAAUGGUUUUUUUGUAGCGGUUUUUGAGAGGAACUUUGACAUGACUUUGCCAAAAUGCAAACUCAAAGGGGGUAAUGAAUAUAAAAAUCUUAUAAAGAUUGAUUUAACUGUCAGAAAAGACAAUGUGAUGAAAACAGUUGCAUAUAAGCGAAACAAAUACGGGAAGAUGUCGAUGGAAGAAGAAAUUUCAGUUCCCGAUGAUCUCGAUGAAAUGAAGAUAUCGAGAAAUGUUGAGUUUGUAGCACCCGAUAUAAAAAGGAAAGUAAAGGUAAGAAAGAGUAAAAAAAAGGUAAAAGAAGUGGGUAUUUGCAGUGAUUUAUUCGGUUUUAAUCAUGAAUUAACUUUGAAUGAAUCAAAAAAAAGACAAAAGAAAACAGAAGACACGGAAAUAAAAAAAUGGAAAAAAGGAAAAUUAAAACAUGAAAAUAUACUUGAAAUGGGAAAAGAUAAGGAAAUAAUAGAAACUGAAUAUGAUAAAAAACAGCAAAAUGUGGAAAAUAAAACUAAAUUAUCGAAAAUAAAAAAUGAAAAAAUCAAGAUAAAAUUUAUUUAAAAAAAAACAAGAUGAAGACACUAACUAAUCAAAGGAAAAGAAAAAAGUUAUUAAAUGAGAAUCAAUAUUGUUAAAUCAGAAAAAAAUUAUAUUUUUUGACAUAUCGUGUCGUGAUUAUUUCUUAUUCUAUUUUAGAACAGUUUAUGACAUUUACAAAGUUAUGAUACCUAAAUGAGAAUAUUGUACACGGAGAUCGAUUAUGUGCUUGAGUUAUUUUUUAAAUGUAAUAAAUUUUUUUUAAUCUUUAGAGAAA